AUGCAGAUCUUGAAGGCUCUUGGCUUUGGCCUGCUCCUGGCAAGCAGCUACAGCGUUGCCUCGGUCAUACCGAACCAUGAAGCACGACAGGAUGGCUCAUUGUCGAAGCGGGAAUGGCGUAAUCCAGAUUCGCCUCUUAACUCUUUCGUCCGAAGGGGAGACGAGGAAGAUGCUAAAGGGUCUGCAAAGAAAUACGCCCGUUCUGAUUCGGACGCAGAGGAGGAAGUGAAAAAGCCAUAUUUUCAGGAUGCGAAUGGCAAGAAGCACUCGAUGAGCAAGAUAGGUCUCGUCGAAUACGCGAAAUUACACAAAACGAAGGCAGUGGGAGCUAUCGUGAAAGGGGGGAAAGUUGUCGGAACCCAGUAUGAGGAUGGUAGCCGGGUAUUCUUCAAGAAGGGGAGCAAGAGCGGCUAG